AUGGCAGCCAAGAGUUCAAGCGACCAAGACCUUCUUCUCAAACAGUUGAAGGCCUUUGACGAAUCCAAAGCUGGUGUGAAAGGGAUCGUUGAUGUAGGAAUUAUCAAGGUACCAGAAAUUUUCAUCCAUCUGCCAAUUGUUCACAGCCAAGUAACCGAAACCGAGUUCAGUAUUCCGGUGGUGGACCUCGCUGACGCAGCAAUUGGCAUGGGAAGACAUGCAGAGGUGAUUGAUGGAGUCCGGCAGGCUGCCGAGACUGUGGGGUUGUUUCAGGUGGUGAACCAUGAAAUACCUAAGAGGGUACUGGACGAGAUGCUGCAGGCGAUGCGUGCCUUUCAUGAGCUGCUAAAGGAAGUAAAAGCUGAGUACUACAGUACCGACAUCAAGAGGAAGGUCAGCUUUGUUGGUAGCCAUAAGUUGGCUAGAUCGAGUUCUCGACAUAGUUGGCGGGACUCAUUAACAUGUGACAUGAGUUCUGGACCUUUAUACCCUCAGGAAUUGCCAGAAGUUUGCAGAGACAUAACUUUGGAGUACUCAAAGUUUGCUCACAAAUUAAGUGUCAGAUUGUUUAAAUUACUAUCGGAAGGACUGGGGCUCAAACCUGACCACCUUAUAGGCUUGGAUUGUGCAAAUGGACAUCUUGUUGCUGGUAACUACUAUCCACCAUGCCCUGAGCCUGAAUUGACCAUCGACAGUGGCGAACAUAGAGAUGUGUUUUUUCUCACCAUCCUACUUCAAGAUAAUAUUACUGCACUCCAGCUUUUGUAUAAAAACCAGUGGAUUGAUGUCCCUCCUAUUCCCGGAGCUCUGGUGGUGAUCAUUGGAGAUUUCUUGCAGCUAAUCUCAUAUAAUAGAUACAUUAGCGACACGCAUAGAGUUAUCGCCAAGAAGGAAGGUCCAAGAGUUUCUGUGGGAUGUUUUUUCAGGUAUGUUCAACAAGAAAUUUCUGCACAGAGAGUUUAUGAGCCUAUCAAGGAGUUGACCUCCAAAGAAAAUCCUCCAAUAUACCGCGGAACAACUGUGAUGGAUUAUGUAACAGGCAACUUCCAGAAAGGAUUGAUCAAUGGGGUGCCUGGACUCGAAUACUUGAAAGUGUGA